GCAUCGCGUUUCCCUGGUUUCGGUGUCCCGUAUCGCGGCGGUCGGUUUUCGGUCGAGAUCUCAGCCAAAGGGUUAAAUGCACCUGCGUUAAACGCGAGAAAAGGAAACACCGAGGCCACGGACGCAUCGUAAUUCCGUCCUCGUUGUCGCGAGCACGUUAAUAGACCGGGGAUAACGCGUGGCCAGUUGUCCUCGCGUUAAUUUGUCAUCGUUGUAUGAUGUUUGUCUGCGUGUGUGUCUGCGCGCGUGUUUCAUCCUAAUCGAUGAAGCGAGGACGAAGGCUUAGGUCGAACAACGUUUUCAUUUCGUCGACCGACUCGUCGGGACCGAGCGAAAAGGUUCGAGUAAAUUUUUCGAAAACAAGGAUCAAAAGAGCAGCUUUCGCGAGCAACACUCUCUUUUCUUUUUUUACUUUCUCUCCGUCUCUCUCUCUCGUUCUCUCUCGCUCUGGCACGGACAUAUUAGGGGGAAAGUAUACUCCCGCUCGAAAAUCGAUCGACCUACAAACCCUCGUAAUGGAAUGCAAAAAUUCGACGGGCAACCCAUUCAGGAUUCAAUUCGUGUAGCUCAACUGCAGUCUCUCGAUCAACGCCGAGAGAGACUGUUUCGAAUUCGUCGCUUUUUCAGCUUGACUUUUUCAAAACAGGCACGUCACUCUGUAGGCCCUCCACGGAAGAUGUCGGCGCUCGAUACGCGUACUUUCGUGCCGAUUCGACGAGCUGUAAACGCGUUAGGUCGGACCCUUCUGCGCGAAGUGGGUCAACCGAGCCAUUUCGCCUGGGUCGCAAGUUUACGCGAAAAGGACAGUUACGAAUUCUCUUACUCUCACGGCGAUUCGGUAACCGUGCUAGCUUCGAACAGGAAAAGCGAUAUUACAUUGGAAAUCUCUAAAUGGAAUGGAUAAUUUCUUUGCGCCGUUGGCGCCUUCAAAAUGUAAACGGGCCGCGAAACUCUUGACCUCGGAGUGCACGCGAAACGUGGCUGUUUUUUUCAAUCAAGCGUCAAAGGCUCGUGAACUUUUCCAUAUCGGCGAUCGACUAGAAAAUCCAAACCUCGGUAGAACGAACAUAUUUCGUGUUCACGGUAUUGAUAACGGCAAGGUAAAUGUCCCAAUUGUCGACGCAAUUUCUGCCAACAGUUCCUUUGACGUUUCUCGAUACAAAUUUCGCAAGAUACAUUUCGAAAUCUCUACAUGCGUAUAUUCAAAUUCGAAGAGUCUAUACGUCUACACGUAUUCAUGUAUUCAAAUUUUAUGGAUUUACGUUGCAUGUACUCGUCUAUUCAAAUUCGAGCCAUCUACAUAUUACACAGCUUUCGCGUUAAGACUGAUCAAAAAUCGGCCUAUUUUUUACGCUAGUUACACCCCUCAAAUGCGUAAGAAACGAUCCAAUGAUCGAGUAUUCGAGUACAGGCGCCCCAGUCACCGGUUAGGUCGUCCGCAAACGGAGCUACUCGUAAGAAACGUAAUUGGUUGGCGAAUCACAUCACAAACUAGUUACUUACUGGUCAGUGAAUCGGUUCCGCGCACGCAAUAGUCAACAACAGCACACGCUACUCAAACGAUAGCAACAGAAGUUGCUUCGGUCAAGUGUGAUCCACCGUACAAGUUAGUAAAGUUAUGUCAAAUACUGACUCUAGCGACGAGGAAAAUAUUAGGUCUACCGGAAAGUUCUGUCGGUUUUUAGGAUGAAACAAAAUAAUAAAUUUUUCAUACCUGGAAUAAAUUUGAUCGAAUAAUACAAUUUUUAUCAAUAUUUAUGACAUCUUGUCAGCGUGAUUGUGAAUGCGAAACUUGUUGUAACACGAACGGACAGAACUUUUCGAUAGACCUAAUAUGAUACUCUAGCGUCAUUAUAAAAGACGAAUACGCAGAAAAAGAGAAUACUGGGUUCACCCGCAUCUCGAAGAAAACAUCAACUGUGGAUUAUUUGUAGCAGUAAAGGAACAAACAGAUUUUAAAGUAAUUACUUUCCAUCGAAUGUCGAAACGGAGUUGUAUGGAUCUGGUGCAAACGAUUGCUCCAUUCAUAAGAAAGCAAAAUGCAAAUAUGAGAGAAUGAGUGAGUGCCGAAGAAAAGGUAUUAAUUACACUCAAGUAAUCCCGUAAACCCGACGGGUAGGAUGGAGCAGGAAUUGGACGGGCGUAUCGUGGGCGGAGAGGAAACCACCAUCGACAAAGCUCCGUACCAAGUGAGCUUACAGAUGUCUAACCGUCACUUCUGCGGGGGUAGCAUAAUCGCCAAGAACUGGGUGUUGACCGCUGGUCAUUGCGUCGACAUUUCCAAUUCGCUGACGAUUCGUACAGGCUCGACCAACGUCAACGCCGGUACGGUGCAUCGAGUGCAGCAAGUGAUCAGACACAAGAACUACGGCAACGAAAACGGUGCCCCUGUAAACGACAUCGCUCUUCUCCGCGUGGUGGACUCGGACGCGUUUAAAUUCAACAGAAACCAAAAGGCUGUCCCAUUGUUCCAAGGAAGUUCCGCGUCUCUGGUUGGUAAAUCCGGAUUGGUGACCGGUUGGGGCAGAACGAAUUCUGGAACACCGAGGAAUCUUCAGAAGGUCUCGGUUCCGUUGAUCUCGAGGGAGUCGUGCGUCGCUGCCUACAAGCACGAUGGCGGCGUUCCUGUCGGAGAAAUUUGCGCUGGUUUCACGAAGGGAGGCAAAGAUUCCUGCCAGGGUGACUCCGGUGGUCCGUUGGUCGUUAACGGAAAACUCGUCGGUAUCGUUUCCUGGGGACAAGGAUGCGGCAAACCAAACUACCCGGGAGUCUACACAGACGUGUCUUACUACCGUCAAUGGAUCAAACAAAACAGCGGAUCCCUUUCGAAAGAACUCUUAAUCUUGGAUUUCUUUGAAGUCUGGGCCUUAUCGAUGCACCGUGAUCGUGUACCACGAUUAUUCCGCGAGUCCUAUUUUCGUAUAAAUACACCAGAAGCAUCGACGAAACGACAGAACAACCCACGAAGCCGAAGCAAGAUGAUCCAACAACUGUGCCUUUUAUCACUGGUGGCGGUCGCCAUAGCGAACCCCCUGAAGCACUCCCUUCUGAACCCGCUGACGCCCAGCGGCCAGAUAAUAGGCGGCCAGGCGAUCAGUAUCGAGAAGGUCCCGCACCAGGUCUCGCUCCAGAGCUCCGGCUUCGGCUUCUGCGGAGGUAGCAUCAUCUCCGACCAAUGGGUCGUCACCGCUGCCCACUGCAUGGUCUACCCAGCCGAUUGGAUCACGGUGCGCGCUGGCACGGCCACGAAAUCCGCCGGCGGAAGCGUACACAAAGUCGCGGAGGUAAUCGUCCACGAGCGUUACACGACCAACUGGUACGGCGUGCCAGAGAACGACGUGGCCGUCCUCAAAGUCAGCACGCCGUUCAAGCUGGACAAGACCCGUCAGCCCAUUAAGAUUUUCAAGCAAAACGAGGAGUCGAUCGCCGGAAUCAGCGCAUCCGUGACUGGAUGGGGAGCGACCAGAGAGGGCGGCAGCACCACGGACAUCCUCCAGGCCGUCGACGUUCCCAUCGUCUCCAAGAAGGCUUGCAACGACGCGUACAAAUCGUACGGAGGCGUUCCUCAAGGACAAAUCUGCGCCGCUGUUCCCGAAGGAGGAAAGGACGCCUGCCAAGGAGACUCCGGUGGCCCUCUGACCAUCGGCGGUCGUCUCGCCGGUCUCGUGUCCUGGGGCUACGGCUGCGCCAGGAAGAAUUACCCCGGAGUUCACACCGAGGUCGCUGCUUUCAGCAACUGGAUAGUCUCCAAGACAGGAGUCAAGGUAUAAACCGGAUAAUGGAUGACCGGUGCAAUGGAUUCUUUUACGACGACUCGCUUUGUAUUUUUAAUCACUUUAUAAAUUUAAUAAGCGGCCAGCGGUGACUGGGACCGGGUUCAAUAAAAGCAGCAUCCAAUGUAUUACUUGAAUUUAUUCUGAACCCUCUACCAUAGCGAUCCUUGACAUCUUAACAUUUUUAUAGGGCAGAACUUUCUGGGCAUUUCUUUUUUCACUUUCUUCUUGUCACAAUCAAUUUGCUUUAUCUCGGGCUCGCGCGACUUCAAUGUAAAAUAUUCAAUAUAGUCUUUUAUUUAUGUUAUUGCAGAAAAAUGCAGUUUUGAUGAAAAAUAG